GAUGAUAGCGAGAGAUACAAGUUGGAAUACCAGAAACGUUAUGAUGAAUCCAACAAUGACAAGAAGAAGCUGGAAGAUAUAUACAGAGAGCGCAUAACUAAACUACAGGGGGAGAAUAGUUCUCUGAACGAGCGAUGCUCUACUCUGGUUAAAACCGUGGAAUCUAAAAAAGAAGAAAUCAAAGAAUGGAAAAGAAAUUAUGACCAGAUUGUUUUGAAGCAAAAAGCUGUUCAAGAUCAGCUUAAUUCCGAAAUGGAAGUCCUUAGGACAAGAAGUACUACAUCUGAAGCUAGGCUAGCUGCAGCGAGAGAACAAGCGAAAUCCGCUCAAGAAGAGACUGAGGAUUGGAAAAGGAAGUAUGACUAUGCUGUGGGAGAAGCAAGAUCUGCUCUGCAAAAGGCUGCUUCAGUGCAAGAGCGUUCAGGCAAGGAAACACAAUUGAGGGAAGAUGUUCUUAGGGAGGAAUUUGGUGUCACUUUAGCGCAGAAG